UUGAGCGCGGGGGGUCGGGCAGAUCGCAGCACCCAGGCAUCCCGCAAAGUAGGCGGGUCACCGUAGGGGCAACCUUUACCCGCUCAAAAAUUCGUCUCACAUUCGCAGUGAGGAUUCGGGCGUCACCCCGAAUCGUUAUUUUCCUUACUCAUAAGUUUAAGGCAUGGAGGGGCGCCUGCGUUGCUCGCUGCAUGGUGAUUCCGAAUCUCAUUAGUCCUACGGUGAGUAUAACAGUGGACCGUUAAACUGAGAUCCCCGUUUCUUUAAAGUUGAUCUUAAUCCUCGUUCAUAGUUUAGGUCGCUUUUCGUUUUAUUUGUCCUGGGGGGGAGAACAGAGAAAUGAUAAUGACCCCACACUUCGUAUGCAGAUCCGCAGCUAGCGCCGCUAAGGCUCACGGGCCCCGCAGCCCGUGUACUUCCGGUUCUUGCCUCCUCGGAACUGUCGCGAGAAUUCGUCGAGGAGACGCCGGAAACAAUUCCUCCGUAGCGACUGGAGGGGCGGGCUCGAGGAGUGAGGGGGAUCCAGGCUGCUCCGUGGUGUAAGAUGGCGGACAUCUCCCUGGACGAGCUCAUCCGGAAACGGGGAGCAGCGGCGAAGGGGAGGCUCAGUGUCAGACCUGGAGUUGGGGGCGUCCGAUCUUGCGUUGGGGUCCAGCAGAGCUUCCUCAGCCAGCCAGCACGCACAGCCACAUUCCAGCAGAAGUUUGAUGCCCGGCAGAAGAUUGGCCUCUCGGAUGCCCGGCUCAAGCUGGGAGUCAAGGAUGCCCGAGAAAAGCUUUUGCAGAAAGACGCUCGCUUCCGGAUCAAAGGGAAAGUACAGGAUGCCAGAGAGAUGUUGAACUCCCGCAAGCAGCAGAGCAUGGCCCCGCAGAGGCCCCACCAGGUGGCCGAUGCCCGGGAGAAGCUCAGCUUGAAGCGGAGCUCCCCUGCCUCCUUCAUGAGCCCGCCCAUCGGGACGGUGACUCCCGCGCUGAAGCUCACCAAAACCAUCCAGGUUCCACAGCAGAAGGCGGUGACACCACCUCAUGCUCAUCCUGCUGGAAUGAGGAUUAACGUCGUCAACAAUCACCAGGCCAGACAGAAUCUAUACGACCUGGAUGAAGACGAUGACAUUGCAACUCCCAUUCCUAGUAAACAGACAAAGCUGACAGCCUCCAGCAGCUUCCUGCACCACAUGGCCGGGCUGAGCAGUUCCAAGCUGUCCAUGUCCAAGGGCCCCCCCCUCACCAAAGUGGUGCAGAAUGACGCGUACACAGCUCCUGCGCUCCCCGCCUCGGUCCGAACAAAAGCCUUGACCAGCAUGUCCCGGACACUAGUGAACAAGGAGGACACCCCCAAAGAGCUGCCGCCUGCUGAGCCUGUCCUCAGCCCUUUGGAAGGGACCAAGAUGACUGUGAAUAACCUACACCCUAGGGUCACCGAGGAGGACAUUGUGGAGCUUUUCUGUGUAUGUGGAGCCCUGAAGCGGGCUCGGCUGGUCCAUCCGGGGGUAGCAGAGGUGGUUUUUGUGAAGAAGGAUGAUGCCAUCACUGCCUAUAAGAAAUAUAACAACCGGUGUCUGGAUGGGCAGCCAAUGAAGUGCAACCUUCACAUGAAUGGGAACGUCAUCACCUCCGACCAGCCCAUCCUGCUGCGGCUGAGUGACAGCCCCUCGGUGAGAAGGGAGAGCGAGCUGCCUCGCAGGGCGAACUCUGCCGCCGCCUCCAACCCUCCGGCCGAGGUGGACCCCGACACCAUCCUGAAGGCGCUCUUCAAGUCCUCGGGGGCCUCUGUGGCCACGCAGCCCACAGAAUUCAAAAUCAAACUUUGAGCGGGGAGCAGGCAGCCAGAGCGGGGCAGGAGGGGGCUCUGUUCCCAAAGAAAGCUUGUGACCGACGGGCCGUUGGACUGGAGGCCCAGGCGGGGUUCAGAGCUCCCAUUGGACAGACCCCCUCCUGUCAUGUCCUACCCUGUGCUCUGUACGUUAACGUUUCCUGUAGUGUCUCCUCCCCUCCAUCUUCUCCAAGGUAGGUUUGUGUUGUUCAGAUUGUCUCCCCCCCUGACCUCCGCUCCAAACCAGCUUCUUUCCUGGAAACGGCGUGCUGGACUCUGCGUGAUUUCUUGUGGCUCCGUGGCUCACCGGGCGGGCUGUUGGAAGGAGACUGCAGUUUCCAGGGCGAGGGGCUUCCUCCUGUUUAUUUUUUAACGUUUUUGAACGAAGUGGAGCCGGGUCAGCUCCAGAGCUGUGCCACUCACUGGCCUGGCCAGCGGAGGGCCUGGGUGGGCAUCAGGUCACAGGCCCUUGUCCUCUCUCCACAGUUGUCUCCACACCAGGGUGGUCCGGAGGGCCCUGUUGGCAGGGGCAGGGUGAGGCUGCUGUUUCGGCAGCUCAGAGUUCGUCCUGAGGUCACGUGUCCCUUUUCCCAGGGUUAGGCCAAGUGCUCCACCCCAGUUCUCUCGGCCUCCGGUUAUUACUGCUGGGAGGGCUUGCUGGUCCCUCAAGUCUUCACUAGCCAGAGCUCAUCGCACCUGGCUCUGUGUUAAUGGCAGCUCUCCCCUAGUUCUGUGGCCCGGGGUUUGGAGGAUUACUGGGAGGGGAGCUGUUG